AUGGCUGGUACAGUACCCGAUCGAAGACACUUGCUCACCUUGCCGGGGGAGAUUAGGGAAGAAGUGUAUCGACUCCUCCUCAGUCCCGCUGCGAGCCGUAUUGACCAUGCCGAUGAAUACACGACCUACGAUUACAACCCUGCUCUCCAGCUCCUCCUGACAAGCCGUCAGAUCUAUCUCGAAGCUCGGAAGAUCUUCCGUGAUCUCAACGUCUUCGUUCGCAUCGAAACGCCAUGGCCAGAAGCGCAAUCACAUGUACAGCUCGAGGGGCACGUUCCAGUCUUGGUGUCGAGGGAGAGAGCGGGGGACUUUCGUGGGCACAGUCUCAAUAUCAGUAUCGAUGCGCCUGGGCACUCAAGCCUGGGCUGGGAGACGCAGAAAUUCGUCAUCUUGGCUGAUGAUCUGGACAAGUUCACGACCAUGUGGUUCUAUUCGGAUCUCUCACAUUCGGGAUUGAACGAGCAUCUGCGCAUGAGGCUGGAGUUGAGAGAUCCCUUUGCCCCUGACCACGAUCAGAAACGAAUGCCGAAGGCGUUACAGAGAAAGUUGCUUCUCCCUUUCGCUCAGAUUAAGAACUUGAACCGAGCGUCAUGCCAGGAGGGCACCACAUUUGUAGGAGAACUCAAGCCAUAUCCGAGCAUAGAGCAGGAGAUGAGAAAGCUGCAGGCCGAGCCGCAUCAGACCGCCGAGCACUGCUUGCGGGAAGCUACGAGGCUGAAGUUCGAGGGCAAUGCUGAGCUGGCAAAGGAGAACUAUCAGAGCGCGCUUGAUCUGUAUCAUGACGCCUGGAAGGCCAUGCAUGUUGUGAUCAAGGGGCGAAAGCGAUACAUUCAUGCUGAUGCAUUCUUCGCACGAAGUUUGCGCGAGGAGCCGUACAUUGGGAAGAACGGACAGACCGAACGCCUCUUGUUAAGAGUACAACUCGUCGCAAACACCUGUGCGGUAUACUUGAAGCAGAAAGAAUGGGAACUGUGCCGUCACUGGGGCAUGCGAAGCAUCGACAUGCUGAGAGAAGCCAUGGGCAUCGAUGACAGGAUGGAUCUUGCGCCUGAAGAGGAGGCCGUUCCAGCUUUCCCUGCAGCUACCCAGAUUGGUAAGAUAUACUACCGAACUGCAGUAGCGUGCAGAGAACUGAACGACGACGCCCAAGCUCGAAGGUUGCUCAGAGUGGCGAGGAUAUAUUUGCCGAAUGACGAGUCCGUCAAGAAAGAGGUAGCAGCUACGGCAUUGCAAAUAGGAGGAUGAAGAUGCGCAUGCUUAAGACCACAUCAUUGGAACUUCGCAUGGAAGUUGCGAUAAUGACCAUUCACGGAAUCGCACCCUAUUACCGAUUCCACCUUUACGUGUAUGCACUCGUGUUCAUAGGUAAGUAAGGUGCUGAAGUGAAAACUCC